AUGGCGACGCAGGGAGAAGCCCAGCCAGAACCGGGCGAGGACCCGGCUACGGUGAACUUCAGCGCGAUCAACUCCACUGUCGAGGUGCUGCUGAACCUGCAGGAGCCGUCGCAGUGGGAGGACGAGCGGCGCGCCAUCUACCUGAUCUGGGUGCCCAUCAUGCUGUUCUUCUGCGUGGUGGCGGCCGUGACAAACCUGACCAUCUGCCUGACUUCACGGCUGGUCCGGCAGCCGCUCACGCCCACCAUGUGCUUCUCCAUCAGCCUGGCCGGCGCCGACGCGUACGCCGCCUCCUCGCUCGGCCUGGGCCUGCUGUUCAACAGUCUGCUGCCGCUGGCGUUCGAGGCGCUCCGACUGGGCGGCGUCAUCUCGACGGCGGCGCACCUGCUGGCGCUGGCGCUCAACCACUACGUGGGCAUCCUGCGGCCGCUCCACUACGCACGGCUCAUCACCCGCAGCCGCGUCCUCACCGUCGUCGUCUUCCUCUGGAUCGUGCCCAUUGUCUUCUUCUUUGUCUGCUUCGCAGCCAUGGACGCGUUCGCGCCGACCGGCUGCUCAUCAGCCUUCAUGGACUUCAGCACGUUCCGGCGCGUCGUGGCGACGCUGUUCUUCAUCCCGCUGAUCUGCAUGGUCUUCGCUUACUCGCACAUGUUCGUUAUCGUGCGCCAGCACCAGAGGGGCGUGCUCCGCAACCACAACGCGUCGCAGCUCAACAAGAACGUGAAGGCGAUCGUAACAACGCUGUGCAUCCUGGGCACGUACGUGCUCGGCUGGAUGCCAGCCCUACUGACCUUCAUGCUCAUCUGCAAGGACUGUCACUUCAACGGCGCCGAUCUCAACCCGCGCGCCUUCCUGGCACUCAACAUCCUCUUCAACACGUUGGUCAUCCUCAAAUGUCUGGUGGACCCGGUCAUCUACGCGGCCCGCAUGCCGGAGAUCAAGCAGGCGCUGCGGCGCCUGCGCGCGCUGCUGCGCUGCCAGCGCGGCUCGAUGGAGGAGCUGGGACGCACGCAGACGCUGAUCCCGAUCCUCUCCUACCGCUACCGCUUCAGCCGCUCCACCACGUCCUCGUCGCGACUCUCCACGCUCCGGCGCACCGACGAGGCCAUCAUCCCACUGCGCGUCUUCAAAGCGAGUCGGUCGCCGGCAGAGCCGGUGGACUGCUAG